AUGAGAAAUCCCAAUUCAAGAUUCAUCAUUGCGGUCGAUCAAGGAACAACGAGCACACGAGUCGCCUUGUUCGAUCUACAAGGAGAUCUCAUUGCCUUUCACCAGGAGUGCUUCUCCCAGAUUCGACCACAACCGAGCUGGCAUGAGCAAGAUCCGGAGGAACUGUACAACUCCGUUACGAAUUCUCUCGACAAAUGCCUGAACAAAUUCCUCGAACAAGGGUUCCGCAAAGAUCAAAUAACCUGUUUGGGCGUGACCAACCAGAGAGAGACCACUAUCGCAUGGGACAGCACAUCUGGUCGCCCACUAUAUAAUGCGACAGUAUGGGGAGACACUCGAACAAAAGAUAUGGUGACAGCGGCGAAGAAGCGGCACACGCAUGAUGAUGUUGUCCACAAAACAGGCCUCCCAAUAUCUACGUACUCAUCGGCCUUGAAGCUUUGCUGGAUGCUAGAGAACGUGCCAGCAGUCAAGGAAGCAUACCAAGAGGGUCGCUUAGUAUUCGGAACGCUGGACAGCUGGCUUAUUUACAAAUUGAACGGUGGUUCUGAGCGAGAUCUGGUUGUCACAGAUAGUACCAAUGCUUCGAGGACUGGUUUCAUGGAUUUGAGUACUCGACAAUAUGAUCGAGAGCUCUUGGAAUUUUACACCACUCCCCAAUACGACCUAAGUAGAGUUCGCAUGCCGUCUAUUCAUCCCAGCGCGGACCCUGUAGCUUAUGGGUCCGUUCGUGGCGGAUCUCUUGACGGCAUACCAAUCACAGGGUGUGUUGGCGACCAGUCCGCUGCUCUAAUUGGUCACAGAGGAUUCUCAGUCGGUAGCGCAAAAGCUACUUACGGUACUGGCUGCUUUUGCGUCUACAACACUGGAUCUAAAAUCUUCGAUAGGCAACACGGGCUGCUGAGCACGAUCGCCUAUGAUUUUGGGUCGGAGAUGGCAUAUGCCUUGGAGGGAAGCAUUGCUACUGCCGGUUCUGGUGUCAGUUUUUUAGUUGACAAUAUGGGCCUUGCCCCAAACGCUGCCGGUAUCAGUGCCCUUGCAGAUAGCGUCAGCGAUUCUGGUGGAGUAGUCUUCGUGACAGCAUUCAGUGGACUUUUCGCUCCUUAUUGGAUCGAUGACGCUCGAGGUACGGUGUUUGGCAUAACAAUGAAGACUCAACGUGGCCACAUUGCCCGUGCUGUGUUGGAAGCGGUAUGCUAUCAAACCAAAGCUGCAUUUGACGCUGCUCUGGCUUAUGAUGAUGGAUUGAUGCUCAAGACACUCAACGUAGAUGGUGGCAUGUCACAAAGUAACAAUUGUAUGCAAUUGCAGGCUGAUAUUCUGGGCGUCGACAUCGUAAGGCCCAAGAUGUGUGAGAUAACCGCCCUGGGGGCUUGCUUCACAGCAGGGCUAGGUGCAAGAAUCUGGAACGACACAAAAGAGGUCGACCAGAUUGAUCUCGCUAACAACCCCGAGAUAUUGAGAGCCCGCAGAUCAGAUAUCUCUGGUCACGAGGCCUUCAUCACUUGGCAGAAAGCUGUGAAGAUGAGUCGUGGAUGGCUGUCCUGUUGUUAG